UGCUACUCUCAGGUCCGAGCCACAAAUCUGCAGGAGUUGGUCUACAAGAAUGGCCAAGCAGGUGUUACCAAGGCCACUGUCACAAUUACUUUUGACAACUCAGACAAGAAACAGAGUCCAAUUGGAUACGAGCAUUACGAUGAGGUCACCAUCACUCGACAGGUUGUUAUUGGAGGACGGAACAAGUAUUUGAUCAACGGGACAACUGUACAGAACAACCGCGUGCAGGACUUCUUCAGAUCCGUGCAGCUGAAUGUGAACAACCCCCACUUCCUUAUCAUGCAAGGACGCAUCACUAAAGUGCUCAACAUGAAGCCUCCUGAGAUCCUGGCAAUGAUUGAGGAAGCUGCUGGCACGAGGAUGUACGAGGCCAAGAAGCAGCAGGCACAGAAGACGAUUGAAAAGAAAGAUGCUAAGCUUAAAGAGAUAAAUGAUAUCCUAUCAGAAGAGAUCACCCCAACACUGAGCAAACUCAAAGAAGAGCGCUCACAAUAUCUCGAGUACCAGAAGGUGCAACGGGAACUUGAGCAUCUCACUAAACUCUAUGUUGCUUUCAAGUUCGUCCAAGCUGAGAAGCUCCGAACAACAGCACAGACUCAGCACGAUGAAGGCAAAACAGAUCUUGCCAAGCUUCAGCAAAGUAUUGCUGAUGGCUCACGUCAAGUCUCUGAGCUGCAGGAUCAAAUUGCUCAACUUCAACAAAUAAGAGACUCGGAGACGGGUGGGCAGCUGCAGGAGCUGGAGAAGGAACUCAAGGAGAAAGAAAAAGCUGAGGUGCGAGUUGCUGCUGCUCUGAAAAGCCUCAGAGAGACAAUCAAGGCAGAAGAGAAGAAGUGCAAGCAACUGCAAAAGUUCUUAGCUGAGGAUGAAAAGGCUUUGGAGCAGAAGCGUGCAGAAGGCAACAAAGUGCAAGGCACAUAUGAUGCAAUGCGUGCUGCUGCUACAGUAAACACUGAGGCCGUGGCUGCGGCAGAGGCACGCCUGCAGGCCAUCAGCACGGGCAUGUACGCUUCACAGGCCGGUGGUGAAGAUGCUACACUUCAGGACCAGAUUAUCAAAGCAAAAGCGGCCAUCACUGCGGCCAAGACUGAGACGAAGCAAGCAGAGAUGCGUCUGAAGCACAGUCGGGAGGAGCUCAAGCGCAAGAAAGUGGAAAUGAAUCAGACUGAGGCAGCCUACAAGCAAGACAAGGGUCUACUGGAUAGAAUGGAAAAAGAAGUCAAAAACUUGGAAGGGCGGCGACGUGCCCUCAAUAACGACGUCCGCAACCUGCAGGAGAAGGUGGAUGCUCUGCUUUCCAGAUACCCUGAGCUGAACUUCAAGUAUCAGGACCCUGAACGAAACUUCGAUCGCUCCCAAGUGAAGGGCCUCGUGUGCAAACUCAUGAAGCUUAAAGACCCGAGCGCUGCCACGGCGCUCCAGGUCACUGCCGGAGGCAAGCUGUACAAUGUGAUUGUGUCUACGGAGGUGGUUGGUAAGCAGCUCUUGCAGCGAGGUCAGCUGCAGUCACGCGUCACAUUCAUUCCUCUGAAUAAAAUCACAGCGCGACCUAUCGAUCAACGCACCGCCGCCCGCGCCCAACAAAUUGGCGGCAAGGACGGCGUGCAGACUGCCCUGUCUCUGGUGGACUAUAACCCAGAGCUGCAGGCCGCCAUGGAGUUCGUCUUGGGCGCAACGUUCGUGUGCCGUGACAUGGACGUCGCCAAGCGCGUCGCCUUCGACGAGCGCAUCUUGAGGAAGUGCGUCACCCUCGAGGGGGACGUCGUGGAUCCUGCGGGCACUCUGUCUGGAGAUGAGUGCAUUGCUAUCGUGGAGCGAUGCAAGCAGCAAGAGCAAGAAGGAGAGCAUCAGGUGCAGGAGUUGCUGGGCCAGAUCAAGAACGCCAAGGCAUUGAAGGAGCAGCAGCUCAAGGAGGCCACCAAGCAUCUUGAAGCCUGCAAGAAGAAGGAGCUAGAAACGCGGCAACAGUGGGACACUAUGAAGCAGGAAGAAGAAAGUUUAAAAUUGGAGGUGCGUGAGCUGGAGGAGAGCAUCAGCGCUCAACAGCAGCAACUGCAGGCGUCAGCUGAUGUGCUGAAGCAAUAUGCUGAGCAGCUCACUGAGAACGAGGCGCAACACAAGCUUUCUAAGGAUGAAGUAGAAUCAGCCUUGGCCGCCGUAAAGGAACAGAAGCAGAUGCUGGCGGCUCAGAAUAAAGAAAUAAAUGCUAAGUUGGCCCAAAAAGAUGCAAUUCUGAAGGCAGGCAACGAAGCAGAGCUCGAGGUGAAGCAGCUCGAGCACAAGCUCUCCAAGCUGAAGACAGACGCCAAGGAAGCCGAAAACAAGGUGGCCAGCAUGCUCACCAGUCACGAGUGGAUUGCAGAAGAUCGGAAGUUCUUUGGUCAGCCUAAUACUGCCUACGAUUUUGAAACGAACGACCCAAAUGAAGCUGGUCGCAAGAUCUCGAAACUUGAGGAGACCAAAACUAAGCUCUCCAAGAACGUCAACAUGAGGGCCAUGAACAUGUUGGGCAAAGCUGAGGAUCAGUACAACGACCUGAUGAGGAAGAAGCAAAUUGUUGAGAACGAUAAAGCCAAAAUUGAGACAGUCAUCCGUGAGCUGGACGAGAAGAAAAAAGAGGCUUUAAGGCAGGCCUGGGAACAGGUGAACAAAGACUUUGGAUCUAUUUUCUGCAUGCUGCUGCCCGGCACACAAGCCAAACUGCUGCCUCCAGAGGGGAUGGAUGUGCUUGACGGGCUGGAGGUGAAGGUGGCAUUUGGAGACGUGUGGAAGGAAAGCCUGACUGAGCUGUCUGGAGGCCAGCGCUCUCUUGUGGCGCUGUCCCUCAUCCUGGCGCUGCUGCUCUUCAAACCUGCCCCCAUAUACAUCCUGGACGAGGUCGACGCUGCGCUGGACCUCUCGCAUACCCAGAACAUCGGCCACAUGUUGCGCACGCACUUCAAACAUUCCCAGUUCAUCGUUGUGUCGCUCAAAGACGGCAUGUUCAACAACGCCAACGUGCUCUUCAAGACUAAGUUCGUUGACGGCUCUUCGACAGUGACGCGUCACACGCAGCAACCUAGCAACAUGACACGCCGAAAAUAACUCAUUUCAUUGUUUUGUGGCCUGUACAUAACAAAUUUGCACUAAUAAAACGAAAUUUUGUACAAAUGGAAAUGCAUCUCAUGACGCGCUUAUGUGUUCAUCCUUACCAGGCUUGACUCGGCAUUAAGGCGUUAAAUGCUACAAUGAAAAUCGUGUUUCUAUUCUACGAUAUGAACAAAUAAUUUCUCUGAGUAUGUGCUUGUAUAGAAAUCUCAACUUGCUUCAGUACACAUCGACGCACACAAGAUGGUACAGAUGAUACCUGCUCCUUUAAGAUCUAUUUUUCAUCAUUGAUUAAUGCUUGCAUUCCAACGACUUUACAUGAAUAUAUUACUCAUUUUCAGUUAUUUACGCGAAGUGUGAGUACGGAAGAAUAGUUUUGUUUAAGAAAUUUAUGAUUUUAUAAAUGUUCUUCUGACGCAAAUUAAGUGUUGUGUUGUUGGAAGUCAUUUAAUUAGGAACGGUUAUGAUUGAUUUAUCGCCCGUAAUUUGUAUGUGCAAGUUAGUUGGAACUAAGCUAUGCAGUUAAGUGAUAACAUUUCAUGUUUCGAUAAGUGUAGUAAAUAUACCGUACUUGAAUUGA